CUUCGCGUAACGUUGGUUCCGUUAUCAAUGUGCCGCGAUCUGACCGGACGAUAACGGGCGACGCCUUGGGAUUCUUCUUGGCGCUUAUACCCACCGUUCCUACAACCGCUUCGUUCCAAAACCUACUUCGGGAGGCUGGAGCUGGUACCAUAUGGUUGGAUACAUCAGCAAGGAGUACAGAUAGUGAAGAUACUGGUGUGGCUUCAUUGGGCCUUCAUGAUGAAGAGGUCGUAUUUUUGACGGCCACCUUCCUAGGUACUAUGCUCAAUAGUGCGACUGCGAACCCUGAACGUGAAAUGCUUUUCUCCCUUCUUGCCGAUAUGUCCGACUCAUAUCCGAGGGUCAUAGCGCAAAUAUAUGAAAGUAUUCAAGAGAGAGUUAUCGACGCCUUCUCCAACGUUAUGAACUCGACCAUUUUAUCCUCUGUAGGCGCUAUCUUCAGGACAUCAAUGGGUGAUGGAGGUUAUCAAACAAUGCCUUCAACAAGAAUGGAUGCUUCAGCCUCCACUUUAGGUAAUUUAGAGUCGUCAGGUAACGCCACCCAGGGAGCGGGCCAACAACAAAUAAUGUACCUGGAGACAUUGCAGAUGCGGGGAAUGUUGAUUCCUCAUCAUUUCACACCGCGUAAUACUGGAACCAAGAUAUUGCACUGCUUGAUAGAGCUCAUCUCACGAAUCAUCGA